AAUAAUAAUAAUAAUAAUAAUAAUAAUAAUAAUUCUAUUAGCUCUCUGGGUUUGGACCUAGCUGGUGGCGCCAUGGCCAAGCCCACCAAGAAGGUGGGCAUCUUGGGUAAAUAUAGGACCCGCUACGGCAUCUCCCUGCAGAGGAUGGUGAAGAAGAUCGAGAUCAGCCAGCACACCAAGUACACCUGCUCCUUCUGUGGCAAGACCAAGAUGAAGCGGUGCGCUGUAGGCAUCUGGCACUGCGGCUUCUGCAUGAAGACUGUUGUGGGCAGGGACUGGACCUACAACACCACUUCUGUCACAGUGAAGACUGCCAUCAGAAGAUGGAGUUGAAAGACCAGUAGAAGUGCAAUAUUACUAGCCUGUAAUAAAUAGGUUAAUUUAUAUAAAAAAUAUUGGAAAUGCAUUAACAACUUAAGCCUAGUGUGGAAAUUCCAUCAGUUCAUUAAUCUGAAAGCUUAAAUGCUUAGAUUAAAGGAAUAUAUAUACUCAGAAUUGAAGUCUAUACAUUAACCUCAGAUAUGA